AUGGGGACACAGGACGAGAUCCUGUGGCCCGAGGGGGACGAGGCGCUGCCCCCGGACGCUCAGCACCUCAUCUCCUGCCUGCUGCAGCCGGACCCUCUGCGGCGCCUCGGGGCAGGGGGCGCGCAGGAGGUGAAGGCCCACGGCUUCUUCGCCGCGCUGGACUGGACGGGGCUGCUGCGGCAGAAAGCCGAGUUCGUGCCGCACCUGGAGUCCGAGGAGGACACGAGCUACUUCGACACACGGUCGGACAGGUACCCCCAGGUGACGUCGUACGAGGAUGAGGACACGACGGAGGACGAGCCCGUGGAGAUCCGGCAGUUCUCGUCCUGCUCGCCGCGCUUCAGCAAGGUGUACAGCAGCCUGGAGCAGCUCUCGCAGGAGCCCAAGCCCAAGGGGCGCCCGCGGGACGAGGGGAGACGCGAGCGCGGCUGGAGGACGGCGUCACCUGAGCUGAAGCAGCGCUCGGCAGGGGAGGGGGCGCCCCCCGAGGGGGAGGGCAGCCCCCCGCCCGGCGCCCGCCGCCGCUUCUCGGCUCUGCUGGAACCGGCGCGUCCCGGCGAGGAGCGGGCGCGGAACGGGGGGCGCGAGGGGCCCCCGGAUGGAGGCGGAGAGGAGCCGGCCCCCAGGCCCGGGGAGGCGCCCCCCGCCCGCGCCGAGCUGGGGCUGCGGCGGCCGCGGCACCCGGGGGUGGCCCCGCCCGAGGGAGGCGGCGACAAGCGCAGCCCCCGAGCCCCCGGCAAGGUCACCAAGUCGGCGUCGGCCACCGCGCUGUCCGUCAUCAUCCCCAGCGGGGAGGCGCCCGGCUCGUCCCCCCUGGGCAGCCCGAUGUCGCCGCGGUCGCUGUCGUCGGACCCCUCGUCUCGCGACUCGUCGCCGGGCCGGGAACUCGCCCCGGCCGUGGCCGCCCCUCCCCGCUCGCCCAUCGCCAUCCCCCGCCCCGGCAAGAAAUUCGGGUUCACCCUCCGCGCCAUCCGCGUCUACCUGGGCGACAGCGACGUGUACAGCGUGCACCACGUCGUCUGGCACGUGGAGGAGGGGGGCCCCGCGCAGGAGGCCGGGCUGUGCGCCGGGGAUCUGAUCACGCACGUGAACGGGGAGCCGGUGCACGGGCUGGUGCACACCGAGGUCGUGGAGCUCAUCCUCAAGAGCGGGACCAAGGUGCUGGUGACAACGACACCGCUGGAGAACACCUCCAUCCGCCUGGGCCCCGCGCGGCGCCGCAGCGCCCGCGCCAAGAUGGCCCGGAGGAACCGGCGGGGGGGCACCGGGAGCGGCCACGAGAGGCGGCGCAGCGCGCUGUUCCGGCACCUCGCCCGCCAGGCCUCGCUGCUGCACACGAGCCGCUCGCUGACGUCACUGAGCCGCUCGCUCUCCUCCUCCGACUCGCUGCCCGCCUCCCCCACGCACGCGCGGGCGCGCGACCCCGGGGCCUCCCCGCCCAGCAGCUCGCCGGGUUCCAGCGCUCCGCCGUCGCCGGCGGGGCCGCACCUGCGGCCGAGCUCGCUGCAGGGGCUGUCGCCGAAGCUGCAGCGGCAGUACCGGGCGGCUCGGUGCCGCUCGGCCGGCAGCAUCCCGCUCUCGCCGCUCGCCCACACCCCGUCGCCGCCCGCCGCCUCCCCGCCCGCCUUCCCCGCCAAGCUGCACCCCAAGGCCGCCGAGUCUCCGCGCCUCGCCCGCCGCGGGCUCCCCGACAAGGCGGCACCGGGGCCGCCCCGCAAGCUGGGGCUGGAGCCGCCCCGCAAGGACUUCCCGGCCGAGCCGCCGCUGCAGAGCUUGGCCGAGUGGGACGGGGAGGGCCCGGCCGAGCCGCCGCCCCCCGCGCCCCCCGCCCGCCGCCUGGGCCGGCAGGAGCUGCCGCUGCUGCUCGGGGGCCCCCCCGGGGCGGAGCCGCCGCCCCCGGCACCGGAGGAGCCCGAGCGGGGGGCGCGGGGUCCCCCCAAAGCGCUCAGCCCGGUGCAGGAGCACGAGCGCGGGGGGGCGGCCCCGGGGGGGCCCCCGGUGCCCAUUGUGGUGGUGGGGCCCGGUGCGACCCCCGGGGACCCCCGGAGCGCCGCGGGACCCCCCGGGCGCUGAGCUUUACCCGAGCACCCCCCCAAAGCCCCGGCUGUAAAUAGGGGGGAACCCCGGGACCCCCAGGCAUGCGGGGGUCGCAGCCCCCCCCGGCCCCUCCCCGCGUACGCCAAGGGUUAAUACUGUGACACACCCCCCCCCCGUGUGACGUCACCGACCCGGAAACCCCCCCCGGUGUGAUGUCAUCGACCCGGACAAUCCCCCCCCUCCCAGGGUGAUGCCCCUGUCUCCCCUCCCGGUCUCCCGUUUGCUCCCGGUUCUGGCCCCCGGCGUUGACGUCAAAGAGGUUAUGACGUCACGGCACCGAUGUCACGGGAGGGGCGCUGCUCUGAUGUCACUCGGGGAAGGGGAUGGGGCGUGACGUCACGGCUGUGGCAUCACUCGAAUGGUGACGUCACACCUGUGACGUCACUGAAUGUGUGAGGGCGGCGAUGUCACAGCUGCAGCGACAACCGAGGGGGAGGGGAGGGGGGGGGCUGUGCCCGGUUUCAAUCCGGUGGUGACGUCACACCAAGCCGGUGACAUCACCAACCCCUCCGUGACAUCAUCACACUCCCCUUCCCCACCCCCCCCGUUCUCGCUAUGCAAACGCCCCCCCCCCGGGACAGGGGGGGCCGGGGGGGUCCCGGGGACCAAUAAAGGCUGUACAGCACCGAC